AUGUCAAGAAUAGCAUGCAAAAGAGUAAGCUUUAGUCCGAACCCAGAAGCUACAAACGAUCCCAUAUUCCCAAAACAUCACGACCGGAGAAAGGUGGUCCUCAUCGGAAUUUUCGGUUUCGGUUUAAGGAGCUCGCCGGCCGCGAGGAAGCUGAUCCGACGUAUCGGAGCUAGAGUCGCCAAAACACUGCGUUUUAUGUCCUUCGGGAGGAAUACUACCGACAAAACAUCAUCGUUAUUGUUGUCUUCGUCGUCGUCUUCUUCUUCUUCAUCGUCUAUUUACAUGAAAAGGUCAAAGUCUCUCUCCGAGUCAGAGUCUCACCGAGCAGAAGCUAUUGAAGACUGCAUUGAGUUCUUGAAAUCUUCUUCUUCUCUGUCUAGAUCAAACUCCGUCUCAACGUGGUCUUCCUAA